AUGGAGCUCUGGCUCGCACGAUCUGGUGCGCUCCCGCUGUGCGUGUCGGUUUCCAUAGGCCUCGACAUCACCGCUACUUCGAAAUGCUUCAAGGUCCUCGGAUCCCUUCUUCGCCGCUCCUGUACACUAAAAAUUUAUACGACUCCCAUAGUGUUCCGUCUGCUCAGUCAGGUCAAGUGUCCUACAUUGCAGAGAUUCCGUCUAUCUCAGCAUUGGUCCUACUGCGCAUCUCCUGAAUACGACAAGAAAUACUACGUUAACAUGCGACGAAUGCCUCAAUUCGCUCCGAACAUCACGUCGCUGUCGCUGUGCCGCGUUUCGGUUUUGACCGUCCGCGAACUGGAACCUGUGUGGCCGAGGCUAGUGGAGCUCAAAGUCAGGGAGUUCAAUCCUAACCAGGAUUGGCUCCAGGCAUUGUACCUCUGCCAGAACCUCCAGAGCUGCUGGCUUCAUCGCGGGUACGAACCCUGUGCACUGAGCCAAGUCACUGCGGAGUCGCCGGUCGCCUUGCCGAAUCUGCAACGGUUGUUCAUAUCCAUUGGCCUUCUCCGCAUUCUAUCAGCUUCCAUCAUUUUUCCUGAGCUACAAGAGCUCGGCAUUGAGAUAACAAUUGUGGACAAGAAGCUGCCACAGUCCAUCUCUACCAUCUUCACAGAAAUGGUGGCUAAGUCGAACUGCGAGCUCCGAAGUCUGCUGAUCACCGUUCCUUUGUUUUUGGGCCUAAGGACAGGACUCCUGAAGGAGAUGCUACUUGUUACGCCUUCGUUGCAACAAAUUGCGGUCGAGGAUCGCGAUGUGAAACCAUUCUUCUCCGCACGCGAAGUCAUGCAAGACUUGACUUACUCCGGUCCUGCGGGUCUCGUCCCGAAUUUGCGUGAGUUGAAGCUCUUACUCCAAGAAGGUUCACGGGACCUUCCUUGCGAUCCUGACGUCGAGCGGAUGCUUCUGAGCCGGACUGACGGUGCUCACGAGGAUUCUGUCCCCCUCGAGAAGAUCUACAUACGGGUCUUCAAAUGGGACGAACAAAGAGCAAGACGAUGGGCUAGCUCUGUGUCGGGAAAGAUGGAGAUAGUUUAUUUCGACGAAAAGCCAUGGCCUAAAUUGCACUGUUCAGGAUCGGAGCUGGAGGCUUUCCGUUGGAAAUCAAUUCUGGAUACUUGCUUUCUGCUUGAGCGAAGCAACUAUGCGAGGAGAAUGGUCGGAUACAAGGUUGCUAAAGAAGUUCGUUUUACCCUACUGUUCAUGUUCAUGCGCGAGGUGAAGAGUAAUUGUGAAUGCGUGAAGGUCGAUUAG